AUGUCAAAGGCGAGGUUCUUGUCGGCGACUACCGAGUCGAAGGCGGCGUCGAGGAUGGUGGUGGGCAGGCCGCUGAAGGGGGCGGAGGCGGGCGUGAGGACCCGCGUGGCCCUGCGGGAUCUCGCAGUGGUGAAUUUUCGGGAAGGUCUUGUGGUUCCGCCUCAGGAGGCGGCGGUGGAUGAGAUGAACGCGGUUGUUCAGGGCAGGAAGAGCGCUGGCGUAUUGUCGGGCCGGGGGGCAAGCUUGUCAACCUCGGUUCUCUGGUCCGUCAUCCUGUACGCCACGGCCCAACUCCAUAAUCAAGUACACGAUCGACUAAAACUCCAUAAUCGGGCUGGUUUUGCUGGUGAUGAUGCCCCUAGGGCAGUUUUCACGAGCAUAGUCGGCCGCCCUCGCCACACCGGCGUGAUGGUCGGGAUGAGUCAAAAGGAUGCUUAUGUAGGUGAAGAGGCCGCGAGUAAAAGAGGCAUCCUCAUACUAAAGUACCCGAUCGAGCACGGCAUAGUCACCAAUUGGGAUGCCAUGGAGAAGGUUUGGCACCACGCUUUCCACAACGAGCUCCGUGUUUCUCCCGAGGACCACCCCGUUCUCGUUACGGAGGCCCCUCUCAACCCGAAGGCGAACCGAAAGAAAAUGACUGAGAUCAUGUUCGAGACCUUCAGUUUUCCGGCUAUGUACGUUGCUAUUCAACCCGUGCUUUCACUGUACGCCAGUGGGCGUAAAACCGGCAUAGUUCUCGAUUCUGGCUUUGGAAGCAGCCACGCGGUCCCGGUUUUCGAGGGCUACGCCCUUCCCCACGCCAUCUUGCGUCUGGGCCUCGCCGGCCUCGACCUCACUUUCUCUCUCAAGAAGAUCUGUACCGACAGAUACUACUUCCAACAGGAAUUCAUGAAUGAUAACUACGAGCUGCCCGACGGGCAGUUCAUCACCAUAGGGUCCGAGAGGUUCCGCUGCGCGGAACCCCUCUUCCGGCCGUCGCUGAACGGGAUGGAAGCUGCCGGGCCCGGGAUUCACGAGAUGACUCAUAAUUCUAUCGUGAAGUGUGACGUGGAUUUAAGGAAGGAUCUGUACGGGAAUAUCGUGCUCAGUGGCGGGUCCACCAUGUUCCCGGGCAUUGCCGAACGUAUGAGCAAGGAGAUAACUGCUCUUGCUCCCAGCGGGUGGGCUCUUUCCCGUGGUGGGUGUGCAGUUCCGGUGGCGCGUCGACUUGAAUUGUUGGUCGUUGAGGAUUCGAGUUUAGAGAUUGUGGUGUUCUGCUCCCUCCCCCUGCUCCCUCCCCCCUGGUUUUCCGUCUUUCCUGGGGUUGGGCGAAGGGCUCCGUUGGGACUGUAA